AGACUCUAACGCUGCUAUUUAAACAGUCAUCUGCAUCUUCUCCUGUUCAUAUUACACCCAAAGUUAUACAUAUUUUCCCAAUGACUAUGUCAGCAGUUUUCCUGGUAGAACUAAAUCAAUCAAAGAAAGCGAUUGUGAAGCUCUACGAUAGAAGAACAGCGUUCAGUCUGCGUAAAACAAUGAUACGGGAGAUCAAAACAUCAAAUAAUAAAACUCGCGAGCAUGAUUACAGGAGGUUCAUUGAGACGGGAUUUGCAGAUACCCUCAACUCAACGACCUAUGCUGGUACAUCAGGCGAGGAUGAAGUGUUCAUACACAGGGCGUGCAUAAAUCUUUUUAAUACUGAACUUGGAGCAUACGAAAAGCUGAAAAUACUUCAAGGGAGCUCCAUCCCGAUUCUCUACGGUGUCGUCACCUUACGUAUCAGCGAGACAAGCCAGACACGGCAACGCUACUUCGAUAUACCCGGAUUAAUGCUCGAAUAUGUAGAAGGUUAUAAUCUCCUAGAUGCAUCGCUAUUUGUUCAAAAGGAGGAAGUAAAACGUCUAACCUUUGAAAGUACGCGAGUCCUAGCUCAAAUUGGAGCUCUAGGUGUACAUAAUCGUAAACCACAUCCUUCCCAGAUAUUAAUACGACAUGAACGACCAGUUUUUCUUGAUUUUGCUAUCUCAAGAUUGCGCGAUGACUUUGAAUCACAAGAAGAGUGGUAUGAUAAAACGAAAAGCGCUGAAGGGACGCUAGAAAGUGUGUUAGCAGAAAUACUAGCAAGGGACGAAGAAGUCAGUUCUCAGCCUUCUUCGGACUUAUUUACUUCGUCAAUUUAGAUGUUCAAUGAUGACGUCACUCGGACACCCGUUGCGAAGAGCUUCAAAGAUAUUCGGAAAUACAUACCAGUUAGUUUGCAUCUUUACGAAUCCUGUAAUGAAAUAUCCAAUAAAAUCGCAAUUUCG